AUGCUCAACCCUGGCGGCUUGGACCCUAGCGGGGCCAGGGGCUUUGCUCAAUAUGGGCAACAAGGGCAGACGGCGGGCUUUCCUCUUGUCGGUGCCUUGCAAGGAGGAAUGCAGAGCGGGCUUCCAGGUGUCAGGACUGGCAUUGCUGGGCUCCAAGCGGGUGCAGCGGGGCCACAACAGUCAGCGCAGAACCGGUUCGCUGCGGCAAACACUCUUCAGUCUAAUCUGCAGCAACAGCUCGGACAGUAUGCUCAGGCGCAAGGGAGAUCUUUGACCAAUGCGCAAAUAGCCAACGGCGUCCUCGCAGGGGCGGCGGGUGCAGGUGUCCGGGCACAAGGGAUAGGUGGACUGGGCCCGCUGGCCGGCAUGCGACAGCCUGGUGUUGACCGUACGGCAGCGGCAAACCUCAGUCUGGCCGCAAACCUCAACGCCGCAGCGGCAGGGGCGGCUGGCGCCGGCUUGGCGGGGUUACAAGGCUACGCGGCGGCCCAGAACCCCUUGGCGGCUGCGCUUCAAAACCCCCAGCGGCUCACCGGUUUGGGAUUAAACGCGCAGCUAACAGCCGCAGCUGCUGCUGGUCUUGGUGGUCUGCAGGGAAGCAAUCUUCAAAGCAGAUUGCAAAUGGCAAAUGCAGGGGCAGCCGGUCUGGGUCUCUUGCAGCAAGGGCUUGCGGGGGGGCUCCCAAGCUCUAAUCCUAACACCCACGAGCUGCUAGCUAUCCUCAAUCGACAAAAGCAGCAGCAACAACAGCAACAACAACAACACCAGCAGCAGCAGAUGCCAGGCGGGGCUAGCGCCUUUGGCGCUGCGGCUGCGCUAAAUAACCUGGGGAUUUCCGCUGCUGGUUUCGGCGCCGGUGCGGGGGCGGUCGGCAACUUGGGAGGGCCGGUUGCGGGGCUGCAAAUGCCUCAAACGCAGCAGCCCCAACAGCAGCAGGCACAGCAGGUGGCAGCAGCCGCAGCGGCGGCAGCGGCGCAACAACAGCAACAACAGCAGCAGCAACAACAACAGCAGCAACAGCAGCAGCAGCAGCAACAGCAACACGUGCCAGGGGAUCAGGAUGGUGCGGCGUUUGACAACAGCGACUUCCCUUCGCUGCUUGCGAAUGCAGCAGCUCGCCAGGGUCGUGACGCACUCACGUCGAGUUCCGGAAAUGACCCAUUUGCCAAGCUCGGGAUUCGUACGGCAGCUGCUGCCGUAGCGGCGGGCCACGGCGCCAAUGCUGCCGGAGGCGGAGGUGACUUCCAGAUACAGAAUGAGGACUUCCCCGCCCUGCCGGGGUCAUCCCAGCGAGAUGGUUUGGGGCCUGGGGCAGGUGCCGGCGCAGGCGCAGGCGGUGGCAUGGGAUCUGCAGGGGCAUUACAGCAGCACCAGCCGGCAGGGGGACGUGGCGGGCCGGGAUCUGGGUUUGGCGCGGAGCUUCUCCAGCACAUGGCCGGUCAGCCUGGGACCGCGGAGUAUGAAGCCUACCUGCGGCUGCAGCAGCAGCAGCAGCGUGGAGGCCUGUCGCAGGGGCUUUUGGUUCCAGGGCCCGGCGGCAUGGCGGGUAAAGGAGGGCCUGGGAGCGAGUUGGGUGGCGGUCAGUCCCAGCCUGGGUCGGCGACAGCGACAGCGGCGGUGGCUGCCGCCAAGGCGGACCGGUUCGGGCUUAUGGGCUUGUUGCCGCUCAUAAAAAUGACGGAUGCGGAUUUGACGAUGUUGGCGCUGGGGACGGAUCUCACUGGUCUGGGCCUCAACCUGAAUGCUGCAGGCGACCUGCAUUCGACGCUAGUGUCACCCCUGGCGGAUAACCCGAUCAAGGCGGAGCCGGACUUUGAUCUGCCCACGUGCUAUAAGUUCCUCCCUCAGCGAUUGCAGCCUGGAUAUCUCUCCAAGUUCAAGGAGGAGACGCUGUUCUACAUGUUUUAUUCUAUGCCGGGCGAUGAAGCACAGCUGCUGGCGGCCGAUGAGCUUUCGGUCCGCGGCUGGUGGUUUCACCGCCGCUACAAGCUCUGGAUGCUGCACGCGCCCAACACGGCCGUCCAGAAAAGCCCGCGCGGGGAGCGCGGGUCGUACCUUAUCUUUGACAUCAACCAAUGGGAGAUCGUACAGAAAUCGGAUCUGGAGAUUUUGUACGAGGAUAUCGAGGGGGCGCCGCGGCUGCCGCGCACCGCCAAGCUGCCGCAGCCGCCGGCGCCGCCCGGGCCUCCGGCGGCACAGCUGCCGCCCGGGCAGGCGACUGCCGCUGGCGUGCAAGGCCGACACUGA